UCCUGUCCUCUCUGUGCUGGAGGGAGUACAUGUCACAAUGUGCUGCCAACGAAAUCAUCCUCUUAUGUCAUGUGUUUAAUAUUUCUCUAGAACAAACUCUUUUUCCACCAGCUCGCUCUUUAUGCCAGUUUGAGGACGCAGCAAAGACAAACCACCCAGGUUUCAGCUAAAAGCCAUAAUGAGCAGUCUGUGCUAUACCCGGCGUAUAAGGAACCUGUGGGCUCCGGUGCUAGCCUCUUGGCAUCUUAAGGUGACGAUCCCAGACAGACCUGUGCACCAGCUAAAGAACCUGAUGACGAUGGCAGAGGACAAACCAUGGGCUCUGAUCUCAGAGGUGACCGAGCAGGGUUUCAUCAAAGAGGUCACUGACAUAAUAAAACAACACUUCCACAUAAUCUGCCUCAGAGACUUUCUUCAAAACCCCCAGCAGCACGGGCCGAAGAUCCAGGCAAUACUGAUGUGGAACACCUACCCUGCAGCCGAGCCGUCGCUGCUCAGCUCGCUUCCAUCACUAAAAGUGGUUGCCAAUGGAGGAGUGGGCAUCGACCACCUGGAUGUCCCGUACAUCACCAGUCUCGGGGUGAAGGUGGCCAACACGCCCGGUGUUGUGAGUGACGCCACUGCAGAUAUGGCCAUGGGUCUGCUGCUGGCAUCCGCAAGAAAGAUAGUUGAAGGUCACCAAAUAGCUGUUGACCCUAAGACUACCAGUAUACCACAAAGCCUGAUGGGAGUCGAAGUCACCGGGUCGACUCUGGGGAUCAUCGGAUUGGGACACAUUGGAUACAAAAUUGCUCAGAGAAGCAAAGGGUUUGAUAUGAAGAUCCUGUAUCACAACAGACACAGAAGGAGCGUUGAAGACGAGCAGUCAGUGGGGGCGAGUUACUGUGAGAACAUGGAUGACCUGCUGAGGGAGUCUGACUUUGUUGUGCUCGUUGUCAACCUUUCCCCUGAAACCAAAGGCCUGAUCAGCCACAGGGAGCUGUCCCUCAUGAAACCCACUGCAACCCUGAUCAACGUCAGUAGAGGUCUGGUUGUGGAUCAGGAUGCUUUAGUCAAAGCUCUGCGGUCUGGAGAAAUUCGAGCAGCAGCCUUAGAUGUGACUCAUCCUGAACCUUUACCCAGGGAUCACCCUCUCCUCAGCCUGCCUAAUGUACUCAUCACACCCCAUGUUGGCACCUACACCUAUGCUACAACAAGACGGAUGGUUCAGUGCAUGGUGGAUAAUGCCGUAGCAGCUGUGAAUGGCCAACCUGUUCCCAAUGAAGUCAAGUUGAAAUGAUUUUAAUUAAUAUUGCCAAGAAUUUUUUACAUUUUUGUGUCCCUCUUAAAAAAGAAGGUGAGGUGGUGUUAGUUAGAGAUUUAUUUUUGGCUCUUUGGUUUCAUUGUGGACACUUGUUGGGCAACAAACUGUAAAAACUUUUUACUUUUUGUGAAGAAUAGGAUAAUAUUCCUGCUAUAGGAUAAACAAAGAUUCCCGUGUUGAAUCUCUGACUUCCUCUAAGAAAACUCAAUGACUGUUGAAACUUUAAUUAGUUUGAGGAGAAACUAUUUCAUGUUCACGUUGGCAAAAGAACUCGCUGUAAAAGUCAAAAAACGAAAGAAAAGUUGCAGCUUGAAUGCAACCACUCUUAGUUUAUUAAUCCAGUAUGUAUGUGAAGUAUGAAUGUUUAAUUAAUAAAUAAUUUUUU